AUGGCAGGAAAUGGUGUGAUACAACCUGGCAUCUUCGAGGAUCUGCAGAAGAAGAUUGAUGAAGAUACUGCGGUGAAGGAUGUACGCAAAGCCCACCAUCAUCAUUCGCGAUUUCGUUUCGAACUUUGAGAGUGCUGACUUUUGAAUAUUAGCAAUUGCGGGAUAUUGUACAGAGUCUGGAGAAGCAGAGUAUGGGAUACGAUAUGGCAUGUCUUUGGCUUCUUCUACUGAUCAUUGAAUGCAGAUCGCGCUACGCAUUCCAUCCUCUCCAGGGCUCAUUCUACGAAAACCGCGGACUGUAUGUGCAAAUGCAAAUGCCCUUGCGGAACCUUGACUCGUUUCGUUACUGAUGUAUGAGAUUAGUGCCUGCAAUCGUAGCGGCCGCCCAGAAUAAUAUCGGAAAUGAGGUGCAGAGCAUCCAGCAGCUUGCUCAAGUGGCGUCCAAGUACCCUUACUACCGUUUCAACUAUGCCUGGUCACGACAGAUUGAGAGCUCGGUAUGCGAUCUCGCGUGUCUUGUUUAGCAGAGAAAUACUAAUGGUAGUUUGCAAGUGCUUCUCAAUACUGCUUUGUGGAUGGCUGGGAGGCUUUGGGAAGGGCGAGACUGGGCAGCUUCUUACCCUGGAAGACGUCGGUGGUAUCAUGAAUGGUGAGGCUCUGUUUCGUGUGCUUGUUGAUUGAUUGCUGACAAGAUUCGCAGUACCUGUGAACCUCAAGGACCGCGAUGAGUUCCAUCUUACGAUUGAGGAGUACCUGCUGUCUCUCAUUUCUCUCCUUGACGAACUCGUAAGUCGUGGACACGCUCAUGGCAAGCAUAGAUUUCAAGGUCUAACAAACUCAGGCCCGCCUUGCGCGCAAUUCGGUAACACUAGGAGACUAUCGCCGGCCACUGCAGAUCAGCCAAUUCAUCAAAGACGUUCACGCUGGCUUCCAGAUCCUCAAUCUGAAGAACGACACCCUUCGCAAGCGAAGUGACGGAAUCAAGUACAGAGUCAAGGAAGUCGAGGACGUGGUGUACGAUUUGAGUCUCCGAGGCCUUACGCCAAAAGACUAG